AUGACGACCAUUGUGGAAAAUACAUCAGAUGGCAUAAUAUACAGGGCUGCGAAGACAUACCCUGUUCCUGAUAUCGAUAUUUUGACCUUGCUCUUUGAUACCCCCUACUCCCUCGCAAAACCCGCCACAGCAAUCCACAUCUCUGCCGCGGACCCCACCCUUAAACUCACCGUCUCUCGCGCCCGCCACCUCACAGAAGCCACCUCCUUCGCCCUCCGCCGCCACUUCAGUAUCGGUGCUCACUGCGCGGGCCAGGAUAUCGUGUCUGUAAUCUCAACUGGGCACUAUCUUCUUCCAGUACUUUGCUACGGCAUUAUUGGUGCCGGCGGUGUGUUCUCGGCUGCCAGUGCAGCUAGCACAACGGGGGAAUUAAGUAAACAGAUCCAGGGCGCAGAGAGCCGAGUUUUGUGUUGUGUGGAGGGGACGAGGGAUGUUGCUGUUAAGGCGGCUGAGGAAGCGGGGUGGGGGGUUAAUGGGGGUGGGAGGGUGGUGGUUAUAGGGGAGGGGAGGGAGUGGAGUUUGAGGGUUGUGGGGUUGGAUGGGGGACUGGGGAAGGAGUUGGUGGAUGAGGAGUGUAGGCUGCAGUGGGAGAGGGUUACCGAUAAGAAGGCGCUGGAGGAGAGUUUAGUGGUGCUGAUAUAUAGUAGUGGGACUACGGGGUUGCCUAAGGGCGUCAAACUCUCCCAUCGCAACCUCGUCGCCGAAACCGUAAUUCCCGGCUCCAUGUUCCAAUCUUGGAUUUGCAACAGCAACCCGUCCUUCCAAUACCGCACGCUCGCCCACCUCCCCACCGCCCACAUUGCGGGUAUCCAAGGCUACCUCAUUAACCCGUUCUACAUGGGCGGAUCCGUGUACUGGAUGCCGCGGUUUUCUUUCCCGGAGUUCCUGGCCUACUGUAAGAAGUAUAGUGUUACGUUCUUUUUUACCGUGCCGCCGAUUUAUUUGCUUAUUGCAAAGAGUGAUGAUGUAGGAGAGCAGCUAAGGAGUUUGCAGGUGGCGGUUAGUGGUGCUGCGCCGUUGGGGAAGGAGUUGCAGUAUGCAGCGAGUAGGAAAUUAGGGCCGGGAUGUUUUAUCAGUCAGACGUGGGGACUAUCCGAGACUACGGGUAGUGCGACGGUAAUGCCGUUCGAGAUGACAGACGACACGGGUUCUGUCUCCCCUCUCAUUCCUAACAUGCUGGCGCGAAUUGUCGACGAUAACGGCAACGACGUUGAACCGGGGAUGCCGGGGGAAGUGCUGGUAAAAGGGCCGGUGGUUUGUAAGGGCUAUUAUAAGAAUGAAGCAGCAGAUAAAGAGGCGUUUGUAGGGGACUGGUUUUGUACGGGGGAUAUCGCGGAGUUCCGCAAUGGGUUGUUUUAUAUUGUGGACCGGAAGAAGGAAUUGAUUAAAUACAAAGGGUUGCAGGUAGCGCCAGCGGAACUUGAAGCGCUACUUCUAUCACAUCCCGGCGUUUUGGAUGCGGCGGUUAUUGGUGUAGAGGCGGAUGAUCGCACGAAUGAGGUUCCGAGGGCAUAUGUGGUGAGGAAGAAUGAGGAGAUUAGUGAGAACUGGGUGAAGGAAUGGGUGAAGAGGAAGGUGGCAGGGCAUAAGCAGUUGAGAGGUGGGGUAGUGUUUGUGGACGUGAUUCCUAAGAGUCCGGCAGGGAAGAUUUUGAGGAAAGAGUUGAGGGUGUUAGCGAAGAGGAUGGAGGGGGCGAGGUUGUAA